AUUGCACAGAAAGUGGGUUGGGCUAUAUUUAGAGUUUGGUCCAACUCUGUGCCAAGGUCCCCCCCACUGUCUCUCUCUUGCAGCACCAUCUCAGGUUUAUUCUUGCAUAUUCUCAGCCCACAGAACACACGAGGAUAGGAAAGUCGCUCUGAGCUACUGCUGGAUCAAGGUUUUUUGCAAUUUGCUAAAAACAAGUGGAUCAGCAGUUCAGAUGAGAGCUCCUUAAAUUCCUCACUCUUCUAGUCCUUAUCUUUCUUUAUUUAAGUGGAUUCUCCCUUUCUAGUUGAAUAAGGACAGGAAACUGCCUGGGAUAGAGCAAAAAGACUCUCCUGAGAUAAGGAUGUUUGCACCCAGGGCAGCAACGCCACUUCCUACUACGUGAUAAAGACCAUGAGGACUUUGCAGGACUGUCACCUGCACCAUUGCCAAAAUGACGGCAUCUGCCAGAACAUUCAGGUUUCCAGACUGUGAUGCUCCAGCAGAUUCAUACUAUAAGAGGCACAAUUCUGGAGACAACGAAGAGGAAGUUUAGGGAAAAUAUCCCUAACUAUCAGCAGAAGAACUCUGAACUGGAUACCCAAGAGCUUCAAAGACCAAAAUCUGACAAGAUCCUGUGAGUGGGGAAACAGGCUGAUAAUUUAUUUUCUUUCUGCUGCUUGACUUCCUGCACCUCUGCAUGCCAACAGAUGCAUCAGGAUACACAGCUUCAGAGAUAUAAACCAUGCAUUCCAGAGGUAACAGCACCGAAAGCCCAACCAGACCAAAGGUGAGCCAGCUGAGGGCGAAAGACCACCACAAAGAAGCAGUUGGUUACAGUGGGAAAGGAAAAGCACAAACACAGCAGAAAGAGAAGGAUGAUGUAGCCCAACCCAGUACCAUCCUGAGAAGUCCAAAGGCAGAGAAAAACCAAAAAAGUUCUGUCAAGAAAAGGGAGGAUCUCUCUCGUGAUGACUUGCUAUUUCUUCUCAGUGUCCUCGAGGGUGAAUUACAGGCUCAAGAUGAAGUCAUAGGAGUACUGAAGGCUGAAAAAAUUGACUUAGCUUUGCUUGAAGCACAGUAUGGCUUUGUUACUCCCAAGAAGGUGUUAGAGGCACUCCAGCGAGAUGCUAUUCAAACAAAGGCUGAGCAAUGGCAAGAAGAUAUCUAUGAAAAGCCUAUGGGAGAGCUUGAUAAAGUUGUAGAGAAACAGAAAGAAGUUCACAGAAGAAUGCUGGAACAAUUUCUAAUGGUAGAAAAAGCGCACAGACAGACACUGUAUGAACUAGAGGAAGAGAAGAGGAAGCACAGCAAAUACAUGGAAAAAAGUGAUGAGUUUACAAACUUGCUGGAACAAGAAUGUGAAAGGUAACGUUACCUCUUACCUCAGUACUAAGAAGUAUGUACAAUUUUGCAUUACAUCUAAGAAUCUCUGCUCUCUUAUUUUGCAUCCACUAAAAAUCUGACGUAUUUGCAGAAUUGUAUUUUGAGAGUUCAGCUGUG